UUUAUUUAUCUCCUAGACGGAAGAAAUGUUAGAAACAGCUGAAAAGCUCCUUGGACCAUACGUUUGGGGAAUUUAUGACCUUCUAGUUUUACCUCCAUCAUUUCCCUUUGGUGGGAUGGAGAAUCCAUGUCUGACAUUUGUCACUCCAACACUUUUGGCUGGUGACCGUUCUCUAUCUGGUGUUGUGGGUCAUGAAAUUUCUCACAGUUGGACAGGAAAUCUGGUGACAAACAAGAACUUCCAACAUUUCUGGCUAAAUGAAGGAUUCACAGUCUUUGUUGAACGUAAAAUUGCUGGGCGUAUGCAUGGAGAAGCCCACCGGCAGUUUCAGGCUGUGGGGGGCUGGAAAGAACUUCAGUAUACUAUUGACACUAGAGGAAAAGAUGAUCCUUUGACAAAACUAGUGCCGGACCUGUGUGGUGUCGAUCCUGAUGAUUCUUUCUCAAUUGUGCCUUAUGAAAAAGGACAUACAUUGUUGUUUUAUCUAGAACAGAAGUUGGGAGGUCCAGAAAUUUUUGAACCUUUCUUGAGAGCAUACCUAGAAAAGUACAAGUACAAGUCACUGGACACUGAUGAAUGGAAAGACUUUCUAUAUGAAUAUUUUAAGGACCAGACUAACAAACUGGAUGAAGUUGACUGGAAUGCUUGGCUAUAUACACCUGGAAUGCCUCCAAUAAAGCCAGACUAUGACAUGUCUCUAGUUGACUGUUGCACCACUUUAUGUAAGAAUUGGGUUGCUGCUAGUGAUGAACAGCUUGACUGUUUCUCUGCCAAUGAAAUUGCUGGGAUGACUUCACAACAGAUCAUCGAAUUCCUUGCCCAACUACUUCAAGAGAAACCUUUGUCUGUUCCCAAAGUGAAAAAAAUUACAGAAUUGUACGGAUUACGUGACACACAAAAUGCAGAAAUUAAGUUUAGGUGGCUUCGGCUUGGCUUACGAUCUCACUGGACAGAAAUCGUGGAGAAUGUUGUGAAGUUUGUAUCUGAUGUUGGACGUAUGAAGUUUGUUCGCCCUCUCUUUAGAGACCUUUUUGCUUGGGACGAGACUAGAGAUACGGCUAUAGAAACUUACAGAAAGAAACGUUCCUCUAUGAUGUACGUAACUGCCUACACGGUGGGCAAAGACCUUUGCCUUACUGAUGAAUAAAGUGUACCUAAUGUAUCCUGAAUUUCAAUAUUGUAUUAAUAAAAGUGUGGCAAGUGCAAGGGAUUAUUACAUUAAAAUCAUUAUUGGCAUGUUAAAGUUGUGGGACACAAGCUUAUUUUGGAAAAUCUGCUUUCUGGAAAUUACAAUCUA